AUCAUGCAUCGCGUAGGGCUGAGGGGAACUGCAUCGCGCGCCAAGAUUCUGACGGUUGGACUAGACAUUGAACAUGACGACACCGAGUUGCAACCUCAACUACGACAGUUCUAAACUCCGACGCCAUGCAGUGACCGCCGUCUACCAGUCUGACGAUGCGCUGUUCAUGUCGCUCCCUUGCCGCCAAUGCCGCCCGACCGCGACCCGUCCAUGCGCAAUCACAAUUCGCCAACGCCCCGAAACGAUGUCUCGCCACAGUCCCGUUGCCCACACAGUCGCCGGAUGCAGACGGUAGUAAUGCAAGGGCGAGUCUGAGUGUCCCCUCGGAAGCCCGCUUCAGUCCCAUCGGCGUCCAGCACCUUUCCUCGCACAUCCACUCGCAGGUCUUCCCCGGCGCAAGCACCCAACCACCACCCGAACUUGUCGCACUAUCCCAAGACCACCUCAGUCGCCAUGACUUGCUCGGCAAGAACCAGGACCAGACACCGCCGGUUGGGUUCGACCUGCCUGAACUGCAAGGGACCAGCCUCGACGAGCACUUCUACAAGCUGGGCAUGGACACGGCGGAACCAUACCUGAGCAUGGCGAAGAAACUGGCAUGGGCGAAUCCUCCGCCAAAACCAACCAGAUGGGUGCGACGGAGCGGCUGGACCAGGUACAACAGCGACGGCACCACCGAGGCCGUGGAUGCGCCAGAUGAGACGAUGCUCACAUUCGACACCGAAGUCAUGUGGAAAGAGACGUCGUUCGCAUGCAUGGCUUGUGCCGCCAGUCCUACCGCCUGGUACGCUUGGUUAUCGCCAUGGCUACUGGGUGAGUCCAAAUCAGAUCGCCACCUCAUCCCACUGGGCGAUACCUCAACACCCCGCGUCGUCGUCGGACACAACAUUGGCUACGACAGAGCUAGGAUAGCGGAAGAGUACAAUAUUUCUCAAUCAAAAAACGCCUUUGUCGAUACCAUGUCCCUCCAUGUAGCCUCCAACGGCAUGUGCUCGCGCCAACGCCCGUCGUGGAUGAAGAAUAGAAAAAGCCAAGAGGAGCAGGACAAGGCAGCUACGUCGGAGGAGAACGCAGGUCUUUCCGGGGUCUUGGCUCCUCCGACCGAGGAAGAGCUGUGGAUGGGAAGAAGCGCAAUCAACUCACUACGGGAUGUGGCCAAGUUUCACUGCAACAUCACACUCGACAAGGCGCAGAGAGAGUACUUUGGUGAGCUCGAUCGUGCGGGCGUAAGGGAUAAAUUGGAUGACCUGCUCUCCUACUGUGCUGCUGAUGUAGAAAUCACGCAUCGUGUAUAUCAAAAGGUCUUUCCGCUGUUCCUCGAAACAUGUCCGCAUCCUGUAAGCUUUGCCGCAUUGCGAUUUCUAGCUGCCGAGAUCCUGCCUGUCAACGAAACGUGGGAUGCGUAUCUCAACAACGCCGAAGCGACAUAUCACCAGCUCGACGAUGCUGUCAAGGAGCGCUUGGUGGCGUUGACGGAAAAGGCGCUCGAGGUCAAGGAGCAGCCGGAGGUGUAUGAGAAUGACCCUUGGUUGAGCCAGUUGGACUGGUCAGGGCAGGAGGUCAAGAUGGUCAAGGGGAAGAAGAAGGGUGACCCACCUCGACCGGCAGCUCGCCAGAAGAAGCCUGGCAUGCCCAAGUGGUACAAGGAUCUCUUCGCCAAGAAUGAUGCCCCGAUGGCUCUCACCGUACGAACACGCAUCACGCCGAUUCUGUUGAAGCUGGCAUGGGAUGGAAAUCCUCUGGUGUGGUCGGACGUUCAUGGAUGGACGUACAAGGUUCCCGUGGAUGAGGCCUUUGCCUACGAUGACAAAGGGUUGAAGGUCUUGGACAUGUCGGAAGAAGAGAAUCUGAAGCUUAGGGAUGACAGCGAGUAUGUCUACUACAAGAUCCCACACAAAGACGGACCGCUCGCAAGAUGCGCCAACCCACUCGCCAAGGGCUAUUUGCAGUAUUUCGAGAAGGGGAAGCUGGGAUCAGAGUAUACGUAUGCCAAGGAAGCACUGGAGAUGAACGCGUCCUGCUCGUACUGGAUCAGUGCAAGAGACAGGAUCAUGUCGCAGAUGGUCGUUUACAACAAGGAAGUACCCAAUGCACCAAAACUCGCAUCUGCAUCUGGAAAAGGCGCUGGAAAGAAGGUCGGCUUCAUCCUCCCACAGAUCAUACCCAUGGGCACUAUCACACGGAGAUCAGUCGAGAACACAUGGCUCACGGCUAGUAACGCGAAAAAGAAUCGGGUUGGAUCAGAGCUGAAGUCGAUGGUACGAGCACCCCAAGGAUACUGCUUCGUUGGGGCAGAUGUUGACUCGCAGGAACUGUGGAUUGCUAGUUUGAUCGGCGACGCGACGUUCAAACUCCACGGCGGUAACGCUGUCGGCUUCAUGACACUUGAAGGAACCAAGGCAGCAGGGACAGAUCUACAUUCUCGGACCGCCGCCAUUCUGGGUAUCUCACGAAACGACGCCAAAGUCUUCAACUACGGCCGAAUCUACGGCGCAGGACUGAAGUUUGCGUCUACCCUCCUCCGCCAAUUCAACCCUUCAUUGUCAGACGAGCAGACUACAAAUACAGCAGACGAUCUCUACAAGAACACAAAAGGAAAGAAGACGAACCGCAAGCAACUCCACGAACGAGCCUUCUGGCGCGGCGGCACCGAAUCUUUCGUGUUCAACAAGUUGGAAGACUUUGCCGAGCAAGAACGACCCCGCACACCUGUCCUAGGCGCCGCCAUCACUGAAGCACUGCAACGGCGGUACUUGUCAAGAGGCGGAUUCAUGACAAGUCGAAUCAACUGGGCGAUUCAGUCUUCCGGCGUCGACUACCUCCACCUUCUCAUCGUAUCCAUGGACUACCUAACCCGACGCUACGGCCUCGACGCUCGCCUGGCCAUAACCGUCCACGACGAAAUCCGGUACCUCGUCAAAGAAGAAGAUCGGUACAAAGCGGCAAUGGCGCUGCAGGUUGCCAACGUCUGGACGCGCGCAAUGUUCAGCCAACAGAUGGGCAUCAACGAACUCCCCCAAUCCUGUGCCUACUUCUCCGCCGUCGACGUCGAUCACGUCUUGCGGAAAGAGGUUGACAUGGACUGCAUUACGCCGAGUAACAAGGAGAGGAUACCGCAUGGUGAGAGUCUGGAUAUUAUGGCGCUGUUGGAGAAGGGCGAGGAAGCACGGCUUGAUCCCAAGCAUGUUCCAAGCGAGGCCGAUAUGCCCACGCCGGAGAAAUAUACACAUGCGUUUACGCCACGAACGCCGAUCAUGACCACACUCUCUCGAGGUGAUGCAGUAGGUGAUCCAACAGCGAUGGCGUAUCUCAAAGCGCAAAUUUCCUCUUCCGACCAGGAACUCCGCGAUAUCCUUAAGCCCUUACGCGCAACGCCAGCGCCGCGCAGCAGCACUAGCAAGACGAAGAGCAAGAGCGGAAGUACGGUCGGCAACGAAGUCUCGGACAUUGAACAAGAGAAUCGCGAGAUUCAGAGACAAGUCAGGCAGUUUGAACAGAUGGCUAAGCAGUCUGCUGUGAGUGAUCCUUGGAAAGAGGUGUACAAGCGCGCGAACGCUAGCACAAAGGCCAAGGGGAAGGCACCGGGCGAGUGGUGGCAGAAUGGGUAUACGACACAUAACAGGAGUGCGGUGAGGAGUGCGAGGGUGUAGGAUGUGCUGGGCGGAUGGAGAUGGGGUGUAUGUUUCUUGUACGCUUUUUGUAAGAUGUUUGUAUGGCAAAACUUCAUGUACGGGAUGGGUAAUGGGGCUAUCUUGGGCAGAUGGGCGGCGCAACGUCUGGUUCACUUGCAUAGGUUCGGCGCAUCGUCACUUUA